AUGGCUGAAGAUACGCUCAAGGGAGGACCUAAAGGUCGCCGUAGCCAUCCCAUCAGUGAAACUCCAUUUGAGGCAUUUUAUGAUGGCUCGUGGCAUGAAGUUAAUUGUAUAAGGGUCAGGAAUGGCGGUCUAUUCGUUAAAUUCUACUCUGGUUCCACAGUCGAGCAUAACGUUGAUGGGGAUCAUCUGCGCCUACGCUCCAGAAGGGCUACGUACUUUGACUGCUCGCAUGUUCUCAAGCCGGGUGUUGAUAUCUGUGUACAAUCAUCUCAUCCACUGCAAGGAAAUCCAACUGGGGAAAUGAAAUUUUCGAUGUUACUGUGUCAUGAUGCAAGGCUCAUCACAAUCAAGAGAAAUCAUAUUGAAGAUCAGUGUCUCUGCCUGUUUGUUGUUAUGCUCCGCAAGAACCUAUGUCCUGACAAUACAGAAAAUAGAAAAGUGAUAUCUGAUAGAAAAGAACAGGUGGUGACCCUAAAGAAUAUCUUCCUCUUGCAAAAGCUCCAACCUGAGGAGCUCCAUGAGGGAAGCAUACAAUGGAGUUGUGCAGAGGACUGCCUGUCUCACAAUAGAAGCAAGCUGUUAAGUGCAAGAUUCUCCCAAGAAAUUGCACAUCUCAUAGUUUUGUCUAUCCUGAAUGGAAUGGAGUUCACCAUCAAGUUGGUAGAAGGCAAUAUCAUCUAUAGAAUCAUCAAAGGAGGCCGAGCGAGUUGCAAUCUUGAUUCCAUGAGCACACCUCCAGGCUUUGGCAACAACAUGGAGAUAAUUUCAUUCCAACUGCGCAAUGAGGCUUUACGCCCAAUUAUCAGGAAUAUCCCUGUCACUCAUCCAAAGAAGCACAAUCUCACAGAAGACAUGAGAUUCACUAUGAAGGCUGAAUUGGAUGGUCAAUUGGAAGACAGGAGAUUUACGGUCAAGACUGAGUUGGAUGGUCUAUUGGAUGUUUUCUCGUAUGAAGAAGUGGAUUUGAGGCGCUCAAAGCGUCGGAAAACUCAAGCAGAGCGCUUUACUAGCUAUGAAACGCCUAAUUUCGGUCGUGACAGGUGGAAGAGAUGUGAUGCGCCUUCCACCAAGCAUGGCAAUUCACAAAGAGCUUCACGUCGAGAUUCACCAGUUGCAGUAGAAUCAACCUAUGGAGAGGUCCCAGUGAAUAUCACACGGAAACAAACAAGUGCAACCGCUUUCGUGGUCAAGGAAAACCCAAACUCCGCAGAAGGGAAGCAUAAGAGCACAGCAAGGAUAACUCCUGUCAAGGGAAAACCCAGCUCUGUGGAGGUUAAGGAGGAGAGCACAGUUGAAGAAAGAUCUCCGGGUCCUCAUGUUCCACGGACACCUGCAAAGAGUAAGGAGAGGAAUCUUCGCCCCCUUUUAUCUCUUCGACGGAAGUCAUUUACUUCAUCCCGCAGCCUAAAUGGCAAUUCUGAGCCAGCAUUUGGUCGGAAAAGGAAGGAACGCAUGUGCGAAAGAGAAUACAAGAAAAUGAUAAACCAAUGCAUAGGAAACAUCCAGAGUGAAAUGGAGAGGGACUUUGAGUUCAAUCUAGGUGUUCCGAUGAUGAAUUACGGUCAAGGUUUUUAUGGAGAAGUGAAUUUUACAUGGCCAGCUUCUGCUGAUAAUGACAGUCAAGAAGAGAAAGAUGGUCUUGAGGAAUUUUGGAAAGAAAUGGAUCACUCAUUGACCACACUAGCGCUUGAGAAAAAUCAGGCCAAUUGUAAUGGCUAUAACAAGGAGAGACCUGGAUGCCGCAAUAUUGAUCAUGAUGAUCUUGUACUUGAUCCUUCUCUUCUUGCAAUCUUGGGACCAGAGUUUUCAGAACUGAAGGGCUCCGGGAACCUGUGGAGUUUAAUACCCGAUCUUGAGCCUAAACUACUUCCUCACCAAAGGAAUGCAUUUGAAUUCAUUUGGAAAAACUUGGCGGGAUCGCUGCAACUCGAGGAAAUGGAUAAUCCAACAGCCAGUACUGGUGGCUGUGUGGUUGCACAUACUCCUGGAUCAGGGAAAACUCUGCUGCUGAUCUCAUUUCUUGUCAGUUACUUGAAAGUUCACCCGAGAAGCCGGCCAUUGGUGCUUACUCCAAAAUCUGCUAUCCAUACAUGGAUGAGGGAAUUUGAGAAAUGGGGCAUUUCACUUCCUCUGCAUGUGCUUCACCAGGCUGACAAAAGAGGCAAGCCAAUGGGGCCUAUUGAUCCUAGGCUGCAGGCAAUUUUAAGCAAUUUUCGCCGACCCAACUGGAAAAAUAUUUGCCUUGUGGAUCGUAUGGACAAGUUAUGCAAGUGGCAUGAGCAUCCAAGUGUUCUUUUGAUGACAUACUCAUCUUUCUUACGGCUGGCGAAAGAAGACUCAAGAAUGCCGCAGCGAGCAUUCAUGGUGCAAGUCCUGAUCAACAACCCUGGGCUGUUGAUCCUUGAUGAGGGGCACAACCCGAGGAGCAACAAAUCCAAGUUGAGGAGGGUGCUGAUGAAGGUGAAGACUGAGUUUAGAAUCCUCAUGUCUGGUACGGUCUUCCAGAAUAACUUUGAAGAGUAUUUCAACACCCUAUCUCUGGCCAGACCUCGGUUUGUGGACGAUGUUAUGACCGUGCUUGUCCCAGAAAGGAAGAAGGAAACGAGGGGCAGGAGAGCUAAACAUAGAGAAGCAGUGGCAAGGCGCAUCUUUGUGGACAGAGUUGGGCAAAUGAUUGAGUCCAGCGACAACUGGGACCGGCAAGGUGGUAUCAGUUUGUUAAACAAGCUUACAUGUGGGUUCAUCGAUUCAUUCGAAGGGUCAAAGCUAAGGAGCCUUCCAGGGAUACAUGUAUAUACACUUUUCAUGAAACCCACUGAAAUCCAGGAGGAUAUACUUUCAAGAAUAUCGAUGGCCACGUCAUGCGGUGGCCGUUACCUUCUCGAGGUUGAGCUGCUCAUCACGAUUGCGUCUAUCCAUCCAUGGCUCAUAAAAACCACCAAAUCUUCUAGCACUUACUUCACUCCAGAAGAAUUGCAUAAAGUUGACAAGUACAAGAGGGACUUUGUUGUCGGUUGCAAGGCGAAGUUUCUCAUCGAUCUGCUGCACAAGUCGUCGUACAGGGGGGAAAGGGUGCUGAUAUUCUGCCACAACGUGUCGCCAAUAAGCUUUCUUGUGGAGUUGAUCGAGAAUGUGUUCGGAUGGCGCCUCGGGGAGGAAGUCCUGGUGCUCCAAGGUGAUCAGGAGCUGCCUGUCCGCUCCGACGUCAUGGACAAAUUCAAUACUGACAGUCAAGGUAAGAGGAAGGUGCUCAUUGCUUCGACGACGGCCUGCGCCGAGGGAAUCAGCUUGACAGGCGCAUCGAGGUUGGUCAUGCUGGAUUCAGAAUGGAACCACUCCAAGACCAGGCAGGCGAUCGCGCGGGCGUUCAGGCCCGGCCAGGAGAGGACCGUGUAUGUCUACCUUCUGGUGGCAUCUGGUACAUGGGAGGAGGACAAGUACAGCCGCAACAGGAGGAAGGCUUGGAUGGCGAAGAUGGUCUUCCACGGACGCUAUUUUGAUGAUCCGCUACGGAAAGCGGUGACUGAUUUUAAUGAUGACAUUCUCAAGGAGCUUGCUGAUGAAGACAAGACCAAAACCUUCCAUAUGAUAGUUAAGCAGGACUGACCGACCGAAAGGAUGCUCUGUCUCUCCUGUCCCUCUCUCCUACACCGCUAUUUUGUUCGUCUGAUCUGUUCUAGACCUGCGCCGUAGCGUUUAUGUGAGACCUCGUGUAUAUAUAGCUUAUGUGGACAUGCUCUAAUCUAAUGUGAAC